CGGAAACCUCUAUACAUCGGAGGCCUGCUGACGAACCGAGGGUUCCGUUAUACCCAGGUUUUACUGUAUUACUAUUUUAAAUCUCUCUUCCUACAUCAUGACGGAGGCAUUACAGAAACCUAGGGCAACCAAGCCUUCCGAAUUCAAACUCUUCAGCAAUCUUCCAUCUGAGCUUCGCCUCAAGAUAUGGACUUACGCCCUUCCGGGUCGUAUCGUCGAGCUCUGCCAGGCAGUCCGGGAUAAUACUAUGCCUUUUUACUCUCCUACAACAAAUCCCUCGCUGCUGAGUGUAAACCAUGAGUCUCGAACAAUUGCUCUCGAGAACUAUAUACUUUCAUUCCCAAACGACACUCAUCCAGCUCAGAUUUAUUUCAGUCCAUCUGUCGAUACAUUGUUCUUCCCCGCCUGGUGCUGGCUAGCCAUCGAUACAGCCUUUGGCUCUACUCUGCCAGAGGAAAUGAAGGACAAAGUUCGCCGCGUUGCUAUCGAGGAGCUAGUUUGGUGUGACCACUGGGGCGGAGGAGUCGAAGAUGAGGUGCUUGAGAUUUGUGAGUUUAAGAAUUUGGAGGAAGUGGUUCUUGUCGUCCGAGACCCGGGUUUUCCGUGCCCGUGUUUUCCAUUAUUCGUCGAUGGCCCGGAAAGAGGAGUGUUGGAGUUUGUAAGGAUUGCAGAGGCUGAGAGCGGAUAUUAUGAGAAGGCGAUGGAGAGUAUGAGGGAUUACUUUGAGUCGAUUUUACAGGGCAAUCCGGAACGGAAAAUUCCAGAGCUGAAGGUUAUGCGGGCCAAGAGAGAUGGGGUUUUGGUCUAAUAAUGUCCGUAUAAGGGUGGGGCUUGGCAUCAUGGGUUUAGAGCCAGGCUUAAUAUGGAAUUAUAGUAGAACCUCGAUAUAACGAUAUUAAUCUUAGCGCCUUUUUCUAAUAAUAUACCGAGGUAUUAUUAAAUCAAGGAUCAC